GCUGCAUUUCCAACGAACACUAUCACCUCAAUUCAGACUCCACUGCGAAAAUGGACUCAGCGUCUACCGCAAAAAUGGAAUCCGCCAGAACAGCAUACGUCACUCGGAAGACGAACGAAACUGAUGUCGACGUGUCGCUCGCUCUCUACCAGUUCGGUCCGCAAACCAUACGAAUCAACACAGGAAUCGGGUUCUUGGACCACAUGUUCCACGCCCUUGCAAAGCACGCCCGUUGGUCACUCGAAAUAACCUGCAAAGGCGACCUCCACAUCGACGACCACCACACCGCCGAAGACUGCGGCCUAGCGCUCGGCACCGCCUUCAAAGACGCGUUAGGCCCACCCGCUGGUAUCAAACGCUACGGAUCCGCGUAUGCUCCCCUAGACGAGGCGCUAUCGAGGGCUGUAGUGGAUGUCUCGGGACGCCCGUUUGCGGUUGUGGAGCUGGGCCUGAAGAGGGAGAAGAUUGGGGAUUUGAGCUGUGAGAUGAUCCCGCACGUCAUACAGAGUUUUGCGCAGGCGGCGGGAUUGACGGUUCAUGUGGAUGUGUUGCGAGGUUUCAAUGACCAUCACAGAGCGGAGUCGGCAUUCAAAGCAUUAGCAGUCGCACUUAGGGAGGCUCUAUCACCGCUAGGAUCGAUAGAUGAUGUGCCGAGCACAAAGGGUACUCUAGCAUAGACUAGUGGCGUGAUCCUAGUACACGGCGUACACUCAACCACACUGCAUAAAAGCAUUCUGCCUGCAAAUCACAAUCAGUGAUUUCCCCUCUUUCCAAUGGAUUUGCAUCUAGUAUUGUGUUGGGUACCCAUUUUUGAGGGGAAUCAUGAAUUAUAUAAGUGAUGGC